UCUUCCUCUCUUUUCACUUCACUUUUAAGAAGUCCGUCAUCGGAAUUCUAAGACGUGUCAAGCAGACUUGGAUGUUUUUCUUUUGAAAUACUUAAAUUUUCUUGUAUCAUUUGAAACGGCACAAUGGCUCCCAAACAAAGGAUGCGCAUUGCUAACGAAAAGGCAAUGAAGAAUGUAACCUUAAGAGGAAACGUUCCUAAAUCAUCGCAGAAACCAAACCAAGACGGUCCAGCUGUAGGGCCAUGGCUUUUGGCUCUCUUUAUUUUCGUUGUUUGUGGAUCAGCAGUGUUCCAAAUCAUUCAAUCUAUCCGUUUGGCGUAAUGAAAUCUACAAAUUUAUACAAAUAAUCUUUUGCUCAGUCAACAUAUUUCUAUCUAUCUGGUUCUUUCCAAAAUACCUGUGCAAUUUGAUAUUUUAUCUUUUUCUUUGUAAAAUAUUGUGAGAUAAUUAAGCAUUUUAACAGAGUUGUAUAAAAUAUAUUUUUACAUAAGUUGUACACUAGGAUAUAACUAUGCAUUUAGUUCCAGCACAAACUGUUGUUAAAGAUUCUUGAAAAUUAAUCAUUCCAACUUUAUAUUACGUUACAAUUUAUGUAAUAAGUCUGUCUAUUAUUUUUUGAAUAUAUUGAAUAAUUUUCA